AUGAAGACUUCCUUGGGAUUAAGAGGGCUCUUUCUCCUUUUUUCUUUACCAUGCACUUGUUCUGGGGAUUGGUCAGCUGUGCGAGUACGAUGCAGCUACUUUUGGUUCUAUGCCAAGAUUAAACCUACACUAUUUCACAACUUGUAUAUGAACCCCAAUGAAGCAUUUUUAGGAGAUGACUGCCCUGUAAACUGCACUUCACUAGAUGCUCAUUAUGAGUUUUUCUACUAUUCUCAUAACUGUGGCAUCAUAACCAAAACUUUCCAGGAGACUCUGCUGCUUAAAACUAAAAUCAAGUAUAUCUCAAGUAAUUCCAGAGACACAGCUGAAAUGCCACUGUCAUGUGUUGUCACAAAGCGAGUAUGGUACGCAGGACUCCUAUCCUGGUUCCCCACUCCAUCUUGGUCUUCCAGAUAA